AUGUUGGUUGCACAGACAGCUGAUCCAUUCUUUUUGCUGGCUGGUCCAAAUGUCAUUGAAUCAGAGGAACACAUUCUACGGAUGGCUAAACACAUCAAAUCCAUUGCUUCCAAGUUCGAUUUGCCCCUUGUUUUCAAGUCUAGCUUUGAUAAAGCCAACAGGACAUCAUCUAAAUCGUUUCGCGGUCCUGGUAUAGAGGAAGGAUUGAAGAUCCUUGAGAAAGUUAAAGUAGCAUAUGACCUCCCUAUUGUGACUGAUGUGCAUGAGACAAUCCAGUGCGAAGCUGUUGGAAAGGUAGCAGACAUUAUUCAGAUUCCAGCAUUUCUCUGUCGACAGACAGAUCUGUUAGUUGCAGCAGCCAAAACUGGGAAAAUUAUCAAUAUCAAGAAAGGCCAAUUUUGUGCUCCUUCGGUGAUGGUGAAUUCAGCUGAGAAAAUUAGAUUGGCUGGAAAUGAUAAUGUUAUGGUUUGUGAGAGGGGAACAAUGUUCGGCUAUAAUGAUUUGAUUGUCGAUCCACGCAAUUUUGAGUGGAUGAGGGAAGCUAAUUGUCCUGUUGUAGCUGACAUCACCCAUUCAUUGCAACAGCCUGCUGGGAGAAAGCUGGAAGGUGGUGGUGUUGCUAGUGGAGGCCUUCGCGAGCUAAUACCAUGCAUUGCAAGGACUGCAGUUGCUGUUGGAAUUGAUGGAAUUUUCAUGGAGGUGCACGAUGAUCCUUCAAAUGCUCCAGUUGAUGGUCCGACACAAUGGCCCCUGCGCAAUUUGGAAGAAUUGCUAGAAGAGCUAGUAGCUAUUGCUAAGGUCAGCAAGGGGAAACAACGGUUCAAUAUUGAUCUCACUCCAUUCCGGGAUUAGGGAGCUGAGUGAGUGAGUGAGUGAAAUGAAUUGAAGAGAAUCUAAACAUGUCAAAA